AUGUACCUCGUUGGGCAAAUCAGCAUUACUCUAACCACCUGUGCUGCAGCAGGGAACAAGACUUCGUUUGGCAUUACCCUGUUGAUGAUCUCAGACGGCAUUUACGGCAAAACACAAGUCUUUAUCUGGUUCGCCUUGGUGCCCAUGAACCUACUCUUGGACACCACUGCAAUGCUCUUUUGGGUGGCGUUAAGUGUACGCUCCUGGGGGCUAACCGAGUACCAGACGAUGAGAGUGACGUUGGUUAUUUGGAGAAGCGCCGAAGCUGCUGUCACCAUCAUGGCCGCAUCGGUACCAAUGUUGGGCAUGCUGGUCCGCGGUACCAGAGGGUCAGGGCGGGAGAGUCACACUCGGACCAGCGAAAAUAGAUCGCGAAGGACAUACAACACGACAGGGUCAUCCAGAAAGGUCUAUUACUACAACAAGCCGAGACGGGAUUUGGUGACGAUGAGUAGCUCGACAUGGACGGGGAGAAGCCAUUGA